AUGGCAGAUUACAGCCGCCUCCCCCCUGAUGUUAUCCUAUUCGGACCCGAUGGCAACUGCACGCUCGAAAUCUGCCCCAUCGAGGCCAGCCUCUAUGGCUACAGACCCAGCAUGGGCGCGAGCGUCUCUUUUAUUGUCUUUUAUUCCCUGGCAGCAUGUGUCCACGUCUACCUCGGCUUGCGGUGGAGGAAAUGGUUUUUCAUGACCUGCAUGACUCUGGGCUGCCUCAACGCUAUUGCGGGCUACGUCGGACGCAUCAUGCUGUAUAAGAAUCCCUUCGACUUCUCCGGAUUCAUGCUCCAGAUAGUCUGCAUCACCAGCGGGCCCGUAUACUUCACUGCAGCCAUAUAUGUAUCACUGGCGGCGACGAUCCAAUACUUCGCUCCCGAGAUAUCCCGCUUCACACCCCGCCUCUACUAUUGCAUCUUCAUCCCAGGCGACCUAAUAUGCCUCGUGAUCCAGGCCGUAGGCGGCGCAAUGUCGACAAGCUCCAAGGGCGCAAGCCAGACCGGUGUCGACCUGGCCCUCGCCGGCCUGGUCCUGCAGGUCGUCUUCAUGGUCAUCUUCUGCGCCCUCUUCGCCGACUACCUGAUCCGAUAUGCCCGCUCGUCGCGCGCGGGCGCCGGAGGCCCAAGGUUUACAAGGCGGCUGCAGCUGUUUUUCGGCUCACAGGCGGCUGCAACCCUGCUGAUCCUCACGCGCUGUGCAUACCGUCUGGCGGAGCUGCACGAAGGUUAUGGCGGGGAUCUGGUCAGGGACGAGGCGCUGUUCAUUGGGCUUGAGGGAGUGAUGAUCGUCAUAGCGGUCUACUUCCUUAUGGUUGGGCACCCGGGACUUGUCUUCGAUAAUGACAAGAAGGUUGGUGGGGGUAUCAUUACCCCAGACUCCCAGAUUGUCGAGCAAAAGCCAUACCGUUAA